GCGGCGAAGGGCAGAGUGGAGGUGGGCAGCGGACCGCGCCGCCAUCGUCAGCCGCUGGAAUUGGCUCCAGGCCCACGUCUCGGACCUGGAGUACCGAAUCCGGCAGCAAACGGACAUUUACAAGCAGAUCAGAGCCAACAAGGGGCUGAUAGUGCUUGGGGAAGCAUCACCGCCCGAUGCUGCGGCAGACGCUGCGUCCCGUCCCGUUAGUGCUGACGUUAAGCUGGAGCCUGGGGCUGACCGGCUGAGCGUGUCUGGAUCCCAGCCACUGGAGAACUUGGGUGUUUCUGCUGCAAAUACUCCCGAAUCCCAUCCCGCCAAGCCCUGUGGAGCACCGAGACCCGUCAAUGGAGUUAUUAACACUCUUCAGCCCGGCCUGGCAGAACAUGCUCAGGGAGAUGGCCAGGAAGCUGAGGAGCUCUUGCAUAAAAAGCAACGCCUGAACGUGGUUUCUUCGUCUGCGGACGGAUCGUGUGUAGCAGCUCGCACGCGCCCGGUACUGAGCUGUAAGAAGCGACGGCUUGUUCGACCGAGCAGCAUUAUGCCCCUUUCCAAAAAGGUCCAUCGCAACAGCCUGGUGCGGUGUAGCUGUGACGUGAACCCUUCGUGUGCUCUGUGCGGCACUCGGAGCUCAACGACUCUGGAAAUCCAGUACGAUGCCCCUUUGCUGGAGCGCCUCUCCCAGCUGGACUCCUGUAUUCAUCCUGUCCUCUCAUUCCCAGAUGAUGUGCCGACGAGCCUGCACUUCCAGAGCAUGUUGAAAUCUCAGUGGCAGAACAAACCCUACGAGAAAAUCAAACCUCCCAAAAAGCUCUCGCUCAAGCACAGAGCCCCCCUGCCCACCAGCAGCCUGUCUGACCCUGCUCGCAAGGACCGCCACAAGCUGGUGAACUCCUUCUUCACCGCAGCCAAGCGCUCACAUCAAAAAAUCCAACCAGACAAGGCACACAGGCCGCCUUUAGACGAUUUUACGGCCGUGUCCAAGGCCGAGAGAGCGCCAGAGCGCUCGCUUGUCCAGCCUCCCGCCCAUGACAAAAAGCGAUUGCGAGACUGCGCGUCUGAGAGGAGUGAAGUGUUGAAACAUCACACGGAUGUCGGUGGCCCGAGCUACUUGUCGGCAGCUGCGACCCCAACACCUCACAGCCCCAUCGCGCGGCAACUGUCCACCUCCUCGGAGGGCUCUGCUCCCGCCAGCGCGAGCUCGCAGGGCACCGCCAGCGCGGCCCAGCCAAGGAGGAGGAGAGGCGAGAGCUCGUUCGAUAUUAACAACAUCGUCAUCCCGAUGUCCGUUGCUGCGACGACCCGAGUGGAGAAGCUGCAGUACAAGGAGAUCCUCACGCCCAGCUGGCGUGAGGUGGACGUCGGCGCUCUGAAGGCGACCCCUGAUGAAGACAACGAGGAGAUCGAGGACUUGUCUGAUUCGGCCUUCACCGCUCGGCACGGCAAAUGUGAGGAGAUGGAGCGGGCCCGGUGGCUCUGGAGCACCAGCGUCCCCCCGCAGCGGCGGGGCAGCAGGUCUUACAGAUCGACGGACGGACGGACGACCCCCCAGCUGGGGAACCCCUCGACGCCGCAGCCGGCAUCCCCCGAGCUGGGCAACU